AUGACGGGAAUCAUACCUUCCGGCUAAUGGAGUAAUGGCGAUACUGCAGUGAUUAGACACUGAGUAUAGAAGAAAUCAUUCCGAAAGUCAUUGCCGUCUCUAUCAACGUCUCUAUCAAAGCAGCGCUACCAACUAAUUUACCACUGAUUAAGCACUUAAGCUUGACUAUCAGCAGCCAACCAAAGAAUUACGAGAAAAAAGAAAAAGUCGAAAAGCCGUAUAAGAAAACAGUCAGUGAUUAAUCUCCCUGAUUUGUGAGGAUGAGUUAUCGCAAGAAAAACACAACAAUAACCCAGGUACAAUUUCCAUCCGUAUGAUAAGCUACAACAACUCAUAACAGAAAAGGAAUCAAUUCGUGACAACACAAACGCCGCCUAAGCUGUCUGGUAGAUAUUGUUCUGCUUGAUGAGCGGCUGUCCCACAUCGGUUCCCUGCUGCUGCGGCGGCGCUGUCGGCCCAGUGGGCUGCGUCGGCACGAAGUACAUGGGCUGUCCGUCGUGAUCGCAAACAAGAGCCUGCGCCCCGGGAUAAGCGCCGGGCGGCGGGAAGACGAUCUGCGCCAUCUUCAGGGUCUUGGGCCGCAUCUUGCACAGAUUGAUUCCGGCCGCAAUGGCCUGCCCCACGUUGGCCACAAACAUGACGAUAUGCAGACCGAACUGGACAGACGGUCCCAGAUUGAUCACGGAUCCCGCGAUCAACGGCCCACCGCCCAUCGCUCCCAAGAUGCUCAUCACGGCACAGGAGACCAGAAGGCGGCGUCGCGAUGACGGGGGAGCACCCGGUGGCAGUCGCUGGCCGGCCUUGAUGCCCAGGAUGCCGGUGAUGGUGAAGAACAUUCCCACGACGCAGAACACGGAGCCCAUGAGGGUAUACACUAUGGAUCCAUAGCGGCGAACGGUGAUCAAAGUUCGGGAGUAGUCAUCAGCAUGACAGGAGAUGGAGUUUUCGUGAUGUGGGAGUACGAUAAACCCUGCAACCCGUUCGGUUAGCCACGCUAUACUGGAUGAUAUUUAAUGAUAAACGCAAGUCAAUUGCUAUUCCCUAUACGCUAUACCAGGAGUCCGUUUUCGGAAACGGGUUUACAUGCCUGACGUUUACCGUUUAUCGGUAAGACUCUUACCGAUAAUGUCGUUCAGCAUCAGCGCCACUGCACCAACGAUCUGGAUGAUCCCGAAAACCAUAACGGGGACGCGGUUCCACAAACGAGUGGGACUGGGACAGGAUGUCGCGGUCAUUUCCGGCAUCAUGGUUACCAAAUAAACAACUAAUAAAAAGGGAGUAACAGGUUAAGUUUCACGGAAGAAAUUUUUACUUCCUACAGAGAACACAGCUUCUCUAGCCUGCGAGUUGAAAACUGCUCGUUUCUGAGCGAUUGGAUAAACGCCAGUUUCAGACUGCCUAGGGUAGAGACUACUGAUGACAGCCUGACGCUGUGCCCGUCUUCUUUCUGUGGUUUGACUUGCUGCGCCACUAUCCACAAGCCACCACCUAACAAAUCCGUCCAGUGUCGAUCAUGCUGUGCAAACUGGGUCUCCACGUCGCCGUCGUCCUGGCAGUCGUAGCGGUUAUCCUCUGGAACGUCCGAUCGCUCAACGCCUUCCGCUGGGCCGAAGAGACGCUGGGCAUACCGUGCGGUAGUGCCGCUGACGCCGUGGAGCGGGCCUACCGAGCGCAGGCCAAAGUCUGCCAUCCUGACGCUCUGAAGAGCACGGAUUCUAAGCAGUUUCUCCUCCUCGGGGAAGCCAGGCGGGUUAUGCUGGAGGAUCCGGACUGUGUCAUGCAGCGUUACGUCAACAGCAUCUGCAUCGUCAGCGUCGGAGUCUGCUGUACCUUCGUGGGGCAUCUGGCCUACGUGUUGUUCAAGUUGAGGCGAUGCUGGUCCAGACUGACGGGGCCUAUGGAUCCCGUUACGCCGGCACCUGCUCUGGAUGCGGACGUCACCGCGUUUUUUGAUGCGAUCGGUUUGGUGGAGGAUGAUGUGGAUGUCCACAUUGACGAUCAUUUUCCCAAUCCGCCCGCUACUGUGAAUAACGCUCCUGUCCAAGACGGCGCGCCCGCAGUCGCUCCUCUUCCGUUUUUUCCACCGGCGCAACCCGUUGCAGUACCAGCUUGGCCAUAUCCACUGGACCUGUCGCCCGUCCCAGUAAUCCCGCCUUCUCCACGGAAACGUGUGGCGAUCAACCCUGUUGCAACGGUGAUACCCGAUGGGAACAAGGAGAAUGAGAACGCCGAUGGUGCAAUGCAGCAUUUCGAAGAGAAUAUCGAGCCGCUGGACGAAAAUGUUCGCAUGCCGGCUGCGCGUCAGCGGAAGGCCGCCGCUGUUCCCCUCGUUGAUCCCCGUCAGCCCUGCCACCGCAAAGCGAAAGAGCAGGCCCGGCUGAAACUCAAGCAGUGCCAAACGGGAAACAAGCGGACGGCAGCUGGAAGAUGAAUCGCGCGCCACCGGCCGAGUAGCCGGCGACUCUUUUGAGGGCGAAAACCUUUCUUGCGCCACUAUCUGGAAAAGCACCAGAUGUGGACGCUCCUGGCGAUGCGCAGCUUUAUUCAUGUUUUUGUUAUGUUUUACGUCGUCAAUUUUCUCAUCAAUUGUAUUUGUUUGAUGGUUUUACGUUUUUAUUGUUGAGGUUUUUCAAGUAUUUUCUGAACACCGAUUUUGUACGUUCGUUUGAAAUGCGUAUCCUGUGUCAGUCAGAAUGAUUGAUAUUUUGUAGAUUGUGUUCGUCAUACAUUUUUACGUUUUUACACGAAAAGUGCAUCGUUGAAUUGUGAAGUGUGUAAAGAAUUGUUGGCAAUAAAAUUAU